AUGCGUCUGUCGCGUGUUUUCCGCCAUCUGUGUGUGCCAGAGGUCGCGCGGCUUCGCGCCCUGGUACGUGAUGGCGGUGGCGACGCGGAGACGUUGUAUGCGCUGUUCCAGAAGCACAAUGCGCAACUUUCCCCAACCGAAAACCUGCUAGUCGCUGCCAGUCUUCGCAACCUAUCCGAUAGGCAGGAUGGUAGCGAGGAAAUAUCGUCCCGGCUGGCCGAUGUGCGAGCAACGGCGUUGGCCAACAUUCGCGGAAAGUUGUACGCCCUCACCGACCCUGGCGAUCUCUGCGGUCUAAUUCAAGCGGCAGUAGUACACGGUAUAGCUACCAGGGGGCUUAUAUCUGAUUUCUCUGGGCGGCUGGAAAGGUUGCUGCCGCAUGUACGCGGGGAGGCACUCACCCAGGCCUGCCAUACGCUAGUGGAACUUCACAAGGCCGCCCGCGGCUCCGAAAGCGAAUUGACCGUCCCCAACAAUGUAGCCCUCGUGCAAUGCAUGGCCGAGACCGGCAUACGGCACGAGGCGCUCGGUGCCCGUGUUGGCAGAAGUCUGCGUCUACUGCUGGCCCAGGGCGGCAAAAUAACGACCGAAGAGGCGUCGGCUCUUCUUCAAGCCUACAAAGCGGAUAUGUUCGACAGCUUAUUUAUACGCCAUAGACUGAUCGAAGCCGCACUCACGGGAGAUUAUAUACCUAUGCAAGUGCUUGUUAACUGCUUGGCCACGGGCGUGUUUUCUCCCAGCAAUGCCAACCGCAUAGAUGAACUCGUGAGAGAAGGAUGCUCUACCAGCGACGUGCAGACGAUAAUACAGCUCAUGAUCGGCUACGGGAGCCUUAGAUACAGGCCGCCCAACGUUAUAUCCGAGCUUGUAAGCACAGUGAAAUCGGCGUUGUUUAGCUUGGACUCAUUUGAUGAUGUUGUGCGAUGCAUUUAUGGCCUGUUUUUACUGGACGAACACGACCCGGUGAUCAUGGAUUUCGCGGCCAACUUCAUUAGGAGAUACGAUGUUCCGUUAGGUUUGGCAAAUAUGGAAGACAUCUGCGAUGCCCUUUUGGCGUUCUGUCACUUUAGGUUAAAUGAUCCGGAAGUAUAUCAGAGGCUCUUAAGAGAUGCAAUGCGAUUAGACUGCUCCAUAUCAUCAGCUUGCCUUAUUCGGCUUCAGUUGGUCGCUAUUUACAUAUGGAAACUCAUGCCCCAGCUGUUUCAUGCCCUGGGAGAGCCUGCGCAGCAAUAUCUGCUUGAAGUGGCACACAGAAUAACGAUGGAACCAGAAACAGCUCGGACGUGUGACCUGCAGGAAUCCGUAGGGAAGACGGCGACCUUCGUAUCGCAUGUACUGUACAAACAGGUUCAAGUUGGCCCCUUUCUUGUCGAUUUCGUGCGCGAACUAGGACAGGAGGAAGUGGCGGAGGCCAGGCAACGAAAUUGCCGAAAACCGCGAACACGUGACCUAGGGGAGGAGCGCUUGCUAGCCAAUCAUUUGAGGCCAUUGGCGAGUAUUCUGCUUGCCGACGAUAUCGAGCAAUUCUACCGACAUAGCCACGAACGCACUGCCAAGUCUCAGAUACAGCUGGGCGUGCUGAAGGGUCUCGGAUUCAGAUGCACGUGCGUGCCACACUGGGAAUGGGAAGAACUCGACGGAUGGCGCGAGAAGCGGGCAUAUUUAGCUGAGCUAUUAGCCGAGCAUAAGCCAACAUAA